AUGUCUGGCUUGCUCUGGUCUGUCGUCGGCAAGAGGGUUCUCGCCGAGUCUGCGAGAAAUCACUUUGGUACCGAGGACCCUUAUUUUGAAGAAGUCCCAGCUUCGCGCCUUGGCCAAGCUUUGGGCAAGAAAACCCAGAAGCGUCGCAAGGCGAUACCUCCUGGCUUAUCGGAGAAAGAUGGCAAGAUCCUCACUCAAGUCAAGCGGCGAGCGUACCGACUCGAUUAUGCUUUGUUCAACCUAUGCGGAAUACGAUUUGGGUGGGGCAGUGUGAUUGGUCUCGUCCCCUUUGUCGGAGACGCCGCAGACGCCGCGCUGGCUUUGAUGGUGGUAAAAUCAUGUGAAGGAAUCGAUGGUGGUCUUCCGCAGCGCUUGCGUAUGAUGAUGAUGAUCAAUGUGAUGAUCGACUUCGUUAUUGGCCUGGUUCCCUUCAUCGGUGAUGUGGCAGACGCCGUGUACAAAUGUAACACUCGAAAUGCUGUCUUGCUUGAAAAGCAUCUCCGCGAGAAGGGCGCAAAAACGAUCAAAGCACAUGUCCCACGAGAGAACCUGCCAGCCGCUGGUGGAAGACCUGAAGCGCGGGUGAUUGACCACAGUCUUCCAGAUGAGUGGGAUAGGCAGGAAAGUGGAACUGUGGAAGAGUUGCCGCCACAGUACACUGAGCAGACCAUGUCUGGGACACAAGCAGCAGUGAAUGCUCCGCAACAACCUGCUAGGCCUGCGCGGGUGAAGAAAGAUCGUGAUGGAGGACGCUCCAAGAAGUGGUUUGGUGGCUCACGGGAACCGGAUUCUGACCUUGAGCGUGGAAGAUAG